AUGACGGUGGCGCCCGAUUCUACACAUGGCUUCCUACAAUGGACCAUCAUCCUCGUCUUCACGGCGCUCCUCCUGGCCACCCUGAUCCUCAUCCAGACAAUAUCUACCUAUGCGACCGCCUAUGUUGCAGCGCCAAAGGAUAUCGUCACAUUCAUCGACACGGUCGAGUUCUCCAUACAGGAGAACGAGUCGUAUGACCGCGACGUCACCAAGGUCCAGCGUUUGGAGGACAAGGUCCGUCUGGGACAGCUACUGCGUGAGAUCCAGAAGCUCAGUGAUGACUUGCGCGAGGAUCUCAACAGCUUGGUGAUUGGAGAAGGCACAACGACCCUGCGGAUGAGCGCCCGGUUUCUCUGGGCGUCACGACGGACACAGCUCGAGGACCGCGUGCGCAGACUCGAUCUCCUGCGCAUGCGCUUCCUGGUCGUCUACAUGGGCAUCAUCACCUCCACCGCAGAGAGGAAUCCGCCUCCGCCGCCGCCACUGCCCCCACCUCUCGAGAAAGCCGCGCCGUACAGGCUCACUACGCCGCCGCAUAAACCGAUGCUCAAGAAGGCGGCAACCUCACAUCCGCAAAUGAAGCGGGGUCCGCCUUUGAGGAGGCUGGCGACGCAAGCCAUCGGGCAUAGUGAGACCACUGGGCGCACUCAGAAGAGAGGGUGGGCAGGCGUCAUGGAGGAAUUGCAGUUAAGUCCCAAGAUGAUGCAGAGGCAUGCGUCUAUCGAGCAAGCCAUGGCGAUGGAGAAGGCGGAGGCGGUAGCGGGUUGA